AUGAUCAGAUCCUGGCUGUGUUUGCCGCUGCUCCUCCUGGGGGCCUUGCUCCUGGGGCAGCCGGCAUGGGGGGCAGAAGAAGAGGAAUUGCAGCAGCCAGAAUCAGAGGAAGAGUGGCACUGUUGUCGAGGAGCAGCACGGAAGCUCACAUCGGAAGAAGAGUAUGAGGAAAGGGCGAGUCACGACCAGCGUAGAUUGAAAGAUGAUGAAUCUCACUAUCUCAGGGAUUACUUCAAGGAAAUGAUUACAGAUUACUUUAAUGCGCAGAACCCCAGACAUUUCUAUAAGCUAUACGAGGAUGCAGAAUUAAAAAUCAAGGAUGCCCCAGGGUUCAUAACUGAAUUCACAGUGUAUAUGGUGAAGACCAAUUGCACGAGGGAUGAUGAGGAGCUUCUUGGCCAGCCGCCACGCCGCCGCAUCAGGAAUUAUGGCCUCAUGAGUGAUGAGGAGUCGUCAGAAGAUCUGUCAGUCUGCCAUCCUCUGUCUGGUGAACACGAGGAGAUCCAGAAAUGCACGUUUUCAUUGUAUAUGGGUGGACGAGGCAGACACCAGAUCGUCGAUCAUCGCUGCAGAGAAGUGGAAAUUGUUGAAGAAAGUGAAGAUUGAAGCCCAUGCCUCCU